AUGAGGCUACGAUCCCACCUGUACAGAGCAUUAUGGCAUUUCAUCCUGAUACACCACAUCCCCACCUCCGGUUCCAACCUGCCUAAUAUGGGCCCAAAGGGAAUUCUGGUGCCCGGAGACCUACUGAUAGGGGCCGUGAUUCCUAUUCACAUUGAUAGUUUUUUCCCAUUGGUCUCUUUCCUAAAGAAGCCACUGCCCGAUAUUUGCAAAAUGUUUCGCCGAGAAUUGUAUCAGCAUUUCCAAGCCUUAAGGUAUGUGGUUGAGGAGAUCAACAGAAGUCCCGACCUUCUCCCAAACGUUACCCUGGGUUUCUACGCUUAUGAUACCUGUUCUGUCAUUAAAAGUGAGCUGCAGGGAACACUCUGGAUGCUCACUGGCCUGACCCAAGAAAUACCUAAUUACCGCUGCAGGGAUAGUCCUCUGGCUGCCAUCAUUGGCCACUCAAAAUCAACUUUCUCCAUUCUAAUGGCUCAUAUUCUUGGACUGUACAAAUUCCCCCAGAUCAGCUACUAUUCCACAAGCUCUCUACUGAGUGAUAGGACACAGUUCUCAGCCUUCUUUAGAACCGUUCCAAGUGAUGUAUUUCAGUCCAAGGGACUGGGCCAGUUGGUGUUACAUUUCAAAUGGACCUGGGUUGGGCUUAUAGCCUCCGAUGAUGACUAUGGUUACGAGGCAUUACAGGUAAUCAAAGAGGAGAUCAUUAAAUCAGGAGCUUGUAUUGCCUACACUAUAUAUAUCUCAACAAAUCAGAAGAACCAAGAUAUGCCAAAUAUUGUAAAAUUAAUAAACAAAUCAACGGCCAAUGUGAUAAUAGCUUUUUCUGUUGAUGUCUUUUUGAUUCCUCUUCUGGAUGAGAUGCUGGAGCAAAAGGUAACUGGGAAAACAUUUGUUGCCAGUGAUGCCUGGUCCAUUUCAACUCCCUUGACAACAGUAAAGUACUCCACCAUUCUCUUGGGAGCUAUUGGCUUCGCUUUUCACAGCUCAAAAAUCCAAGGAUUUCAGGAGUAUCUCAACUCCCUUAAUCCCAUCAACCCACCGGGCACAGAUUGGUCCAAGAUGCUCUGGGAAGAAACAUUUAACUGCACAUUCUCUGAUCAUACAAACCUUAGUGAUAUUCUGAAUAAUGAAGAAAGUAUGUGCACAGGGAAGGAGAACCUAGAACAUAUUCACAACAGCUACAAUGAUGUCUCCAGUUUAAGAGCUUCCUACAACAUCUAUACUGCCGUGUAUUUAAUAGCAACAGCUUUGGAUGACCUCAGUCAUUGUCAAGGUUUGACCGGACCAUUCUCUGGUGGAAAAUGUUCCGAUAUAAGAAACAUUAAACCUUGGGAGGUCUUGUAUUAUAUUCAGAAAGUCCGAGUGAAGAUGAGCAACCAAAGGGAAGUUUACUUUGAUAAGGAUGGAAACCCACCGGCUGUAUAUGACAUAGUCAACUGGCAGCCUGGGUCAGAUGGCACCUUGAAGCAGGUGAAAUUGGGAAGCUACGACACUCUGAAUUCUACUGGGAAUGUAUUUAGUCUUAAUACAAGCUUGAUAUGGUGGGGAACAGUAAAUCAGGAGACUCCAAUCUCAGUCUGCAGUCAGAGUUGCCCAGUAGGGUUUAAGAAGGUAAUGAAGAAAGAAGAGCCAGUGUGCUGCUUUCAGUGUGUUCCCUGUUCCCAAGGAGAGAUCUCCAAUCAGACCGAUUCCAUUGACUGCUGGAAGUGCCCCUGGGACAUGUGGCCGAGUGGUGCAAGAGACAGAUGUAUUUCAAAACCCGUUGAGUUCCUUUCUUAUGUAGAGCCACUUGGGAUCACUCUGGCAGCCACCAGUGUAUUCUCCUCUCUAGUGCCAAUUUCCAUCUUUUAUCUCUUCAUUCAUUAUAAAUCCACCCCAAUUGUGAGAGCCAAUAACUAUUCAGUGAGUUGUAUUCUCUUAGUAUCUCUGUCUUUCUGCUUCCUCUGUGCUUUGGCUUUCAUUGGUUACCCCCAACCUGAGAAGUGCCUUCUGCGCCAGGCGGCAUUUGGCCUUGUCUUUACCCUCUGUGUAUCCUGCAUUUUGGCCAAAACUGUUAUUGUUGUUUUUGCCUUCAUGGCCACUAAACCCGGGAGCAGCCUCAAAAAAUGGACAACUCCCCGUGUGCCCUACAUGAUCAUUACCAUCUGCACCUUCAUACAACUCACUUUGUGCAUUUUCUGGCUCUCUAUCUCCCCUCCUUUCCCACAAUACAAUAUUGAAGCCAAACCCGGAAUCAUUGUUGUAGAGUGCAACGAAAAUUCUCCACUUGCCUUCUGGUGCAUGCUGGGAUAUCUUGGAUUUUUAGCCUCUGUCAGUUUCACUGUUGCUUUCCUGGCCAGGAGGCUCCCAGACAACUUCAAUGAGGCCAAACUAAUAACAUUCAGCAUGUUGGCCUUCCUCAGUGUGUGGGUGUACUUUAUCCCAGCCUCUCUCAGUGCCCAGGGCAAGUAUACUGUUGCCAUGGAGAUCUUUGCCAUUCUGACUUCCAGCUGGGCACUUGUGUUCUGCAUGUUCCUCCCCAAAUGUUUCAUCAUAUUGUUCAGACCCAACAUGAACUCUAGGGACAACCUUAUGGGAAAAGACAGAAGCAGUAGAUGA